UGUUUACUAGCGCCAUUGCAGAAUUACGUGACUCCUCAGAAAUUAAGUUGUCUAAUAUUGCACUAACUUUGCGUGUGCGUAUUAUGGAAAAUUCAUGUAGCCUACCCGUUGAGACCUGACGUCGCGCUAAGAGGUGGAGCACCCCGGGAAGCCAUCCACACUACCCCGACAUCCAUCCUGCCGCCUGCCGAGAAGGAUUCCUCCCCCGCAUCCAGACACACGAACCGUUCAUUACACGGUUUGAAACGGGGUGCAAGUGUCACGUAGCCAGCGUGUCCCUUUACCACUGGAGCGGUGAGUCUAGUGGAUUCUGGAGCGCUGGUCGGUCGCCUCCCGCCCGUUUAUUAGUUACCCCGGAGAAGAAGCCUCUCUCAGCAGCGUCGCUCCCUCGGUCUCUCUGCACCCUGGACCCAUCACCCUUUCGCCCAUGCCAACAAAACCAUCUGGACGCGAUACAGAUUUAGCAGACUCUCCCCAGGCGAUGUACAUGCCGUAAGCCCAUCUGCUAACUCACUACACUGGGUCAUUGGCGACUGUACAAGCAAUAAGGGAAGACGAUGGCAUCGGAGAAUGUAGCCAUUCUAGCUCGCUAGCAAGGGACACUGUGGAGAGGGCGUGUGUGUCUGUCGGAGUGUUUUGAGAGAGAGCGUGUGUGUGUGUGUGUGUGUGUGAAUGUCAGUAGGUCCAGAGCGGUAUUCACCACUGCAGCCAUGGACAAGAAGGAGAGAAGACCUGGAUACUUUGCCAGGCUGAAGAAGAGGCGGCAGCUGAAGAGCCAGUCAGAGACCUUGGUGAAGGAGGCUGACCAAUCAGAGGCUGGCUCGAGGUCAGAGGUCAUCGGAGAGGCGCAGGAGAAGGGGCUGAAGGAGGAGACGCAGAAGGAAAACACACACUCAGAUGUCAUCAGUAAACCAUCCAAUGAGACAAAGAAGAAGAAGCAGAGACCUGCAGGCACUGUGGAAUACACGGUGUGUGUGAAUGACACUCUGAACAGCGUUGCUCUGAAGUUCAACAUCACCCCCAACAAACUGGUGCAGUUGAACCGCCUCUACUCUCGCUGCCUCGUACCCGGACAGAAGCUCUUUGUUCCUGACACUGGCCAGUUAGACUCCUCCCAUCAAAAUGGAACAUCAGAUCAAGACUCUGCCCCCCAACCAUCCAAACACACCCAGGAGGAUGUGAAUGGGAGUGGCCUGUUGCUAAGUCGACAAUUGUCUCCGCCCUCUGAGGACGAGAGCCCGGCGACACUCAAGUUCAUCAAGAUGAGCUGCAGAUACUUUACCGACGGAAUGGGCGUGGUGGGUGGUGUGAUGAUCGUGACGCCCAACACCAUCAUGUUUGAUCCGCACAAGUCGGACCCGCUGGUGAUCGAGCUCGGCUGCGAGGAGUACGGGCUCAUUUGUCCCAUGGUGCACCUGGUGUCCGUCGCGCUCUACGACGACCUGUCACGCAUGCACCUCAAGGACGCACUGCCCUCCGAUGAGCUUCCUCCUCUGUGUCCUCUCUACAGGCCUGGCGAGUGGGAGGAGCUUCCGUCCGAGCGAGACAUUAACCCUUUCAGCCGUUACCAGGACCUGCAUCACCAACAACAACCGCCUCACGGUGUCCAUGGCGAUCAACCACAACACAGUCUCCGCGGUGACCACAGUCAACAGCAUCCCUAUGACAACCAGACCCUGCCCUCCUCGUCCCCUUCUGAUGAGGGAUUUACUGAACUGCAUCCUCUAGAGGGAGACAGAGAUCAGAGGAGAGAAGAGGAGGAGGAGGAGGAGGAGAAGAGAGAAAAAGAGGAUGAUGAUGGGGAGGAGGAGAAGGACGAAGGGCUCCACACUCGAUCAUCUGACGAGACGUCUGAUGCCUCGCGCCCCCCUUCCUCUCUCAUGCCCCCCUCACACUCACACACGCAGAGCCCCUCCGCAAUCUCACACACGCCCUCCACACACACAGACCCAGCAACAGAGGAGCUGACAAGACAAGACGCACACACUCAGCCACUGGGGCAGAGCAAAGACACACACACACAGCCACACACGGACCCAUCUCCUGUUCCAGCUCCCCCUCCAGCUGCGGCCCAGGCCCAGGCCCAGGGGGAUUGUGGGAGAUGUAGUGUGUCUGGGGAGGGGGCAGGCCUAACCGAGGAGGAGAAGAGGAGGCGGAGCAACGAGGCCAACGAGGUGAAACUCUGGCUGCUGCAGAGGAUGCAGGGACCAAUUGAGAACCUGCUGCUGCCGUGUGAGAAGAGUAAGGCUCCGCCCAUGUUCCUCUGCUUCAAGGUCGGCCGGCCAAUGAGGAAGUCCUUUGCUUCUGGUCCAGCCCAAAGCCCCGCCCAUCCCCCACAUGCCCGCGGGAAGCUGUGGGAGUACUGGUUCGCUGUGCCACAGGAGAGGGUGGACGACCUGUACUCCUUCUUCGUGCAGUGGUCUCCAGAGACGUACGGUAAGGAGGCGCGAGGGGAGAGGCACCAUAAGGAGACGCGAGGAGGUGAGGAGGAGGAAGAGGAGGAGGAUGAAGAGGAGCAGGGCUUCAUCGUAGUGGAGAAGGAGGAGCUGAACAUGAUCGACAACUUCUUUAGUGAAGUGCCACGCAACUGGGAGAUCAUCACCAUUAAUGAAGCUCGGCGUCGUCAGAGUUUCGGCAGCUUUGAGGAGGCGGAGCCACAAGACCUGAUGCCCUGCAUGACACACAGCAGCUCUCUACUGGAACACACACACAUCAGAAUGCUGAGUGGGCGCUUGCCUGCGCGUGUGCAGGGGUAUCCAUGGCGACUAGCGUACAGCAGCGUAGAGCACGGCACCAGCCUGAAGACCCUCUACAGGAGCAUGGUAGACAUCGACUGCCCUGUACUGCUCGCUAUCAAGGAUACACACCAACAGGUGUUUGGGGCAUUCUCUACCCACCCCUUCAGAGUGAGUGAGCACUGCUACGGAACCGGAGAGACCUUCCUCUUCAACUUCAACCCAGAGAUCAAGGUGUACCGCUGGACAGGGGAGAACUCCUACUUCGUGAAGGGCAGUCUGGACUCCCUACAGCUUGGGGGUGGGGGGGGUCGUCUUGGUCUCUGGCUGGAUGCUGAUCUGUAUCACGGCACGUCUGAACCCUGCUCCACCUUCAACAACCAGCCACUCGCAACACACACCGACUUCACCAUACACAGCUUGGAGGUCUGAGCCUUCGACUAGCGCGCGCGCACACACACACACACACACACACACACACACACACACACACACACACACACACACACACACACACACACACACACACACUCUGUUCACUGCACUAUAGGUGUGUGCCUUUGAGAAUCACACACACACACUAACUUAGACUUCACUGGGCACGCUUUAGGGAUAUGGACUUCUGAAUAAUCUCUCACACACAAACACACACACACACACACACACACACACACACACACACACACACACACACACACACACACACACAAACACACACACACACACACACCUUGUUGCAUUCUGGCCACGACGGUCCCACAUCAACACAGCUGUGUUUCCAUGGCGAUGUCUCCCCAACUCCCAUCCUCGCUGCUCGGCAACAAUCCCCUCCCCCUUACCGACUCUACGCUGUGAUUGGAUGAAAGGAAGGGAAAUGACACGCUGCGCUGCGAGGCGCCUAGAAUGUUUCUGAUGAUUUUGUUUUUAUUUAUUUGUCUGUUUGUUUGUUGUUGUCGUCGUCUCCCCCUCCCCAAACCCGCCAACAUGAUCUCUCAGAAUUCCGGUUGAUGGACACGGAUCUUUGGGACACGAAAUCCGUGUCGGUUUCAUGGAUUUGCCAAAAUUCCGUGCCCCUGGACACAGAAUUGUUUUCCAGGGUGGACACACGGAACAGCUUUCUCUAUAUUCCCACAGCUCUAUGUUUCAACAGUCUUGUGCUUUCUCAGAAGUUUUCUAAUUCUAAUUCUAAUUUGUUUAUUACAUUAAUUUGAUAGCCUGUCAACCAACUGUAAAAUGUAUUUCUCAAACACGUCUUUACUGACAGGUUAAGGUAAGUUAUUGUUUUGGUCAGGGCAGAGUUUAAAAUUGCUCUAGCAUUCUUUAAUUUAGUAUUAGAAUUUGGUAUCUAUCUACUUUCUAAUGAUUGACUUAACACAGUGUGUGGGAAUGUAGAAAGCACUUCCGUGAGUCAAUUACGGAAAACAAUUCUGUGUCCAGGGGCACGUAAUUUUGGCAAAAUCCAUGAAACCGACACAGAUUUCGUGUCCCAAAGAUCUGUGUCCAUUCCACGGAUUUUUGAGAGAUUAGGCUCCGUAUCAGCCAUGUAUCUAUGUUGUCUUGUGUUUUUAUACGCCAAAGUUUUUAAUAUUUUUUUUAAAUGAAUAUUCAUUUUGAAACUGUAAAUCUUCUUUUAUAUUUUUGCUUUUGUAACUUCAGUUGAUAUUUUUAUAGUUUUAAAUUUUUUUGUCUGAAUGUCUGUGAAUGUGAAGACCGAAACUCAGUGUUAGUGACUGACUGGGAGCGCUUACCGCGACUUUGACGGACACCUCUCUCCUCCAAAUUGUACCACUUGUUCUCUGGAAGACAGCUCUCUGCACCAAUCAAAUGGCUCGCUCUGUGAUGAAGACCUGUCUCCUCCUAAUUCUAUAGCUUGCUCUGUGGCGGACAGCUGUCCGCACCAAUCAGAUUGCUUGCUCUUACUCUUGCCUGCUUUGGCUGACACUACUUCCUCCAAUUAGCACCUGUGACAGGCAGUCCUCAUGUCCAAUCAGAAGCAGCCUACUCCUUUAACGACCCCUAAUCUGGAAUACACUACACACCACCACCUUGUAAUCUGGAACACACCACACCACACUGUAAUCUCUAUUACAGUAUAAAGCCACUUGAACUGAAUGACAUGCCAGUUGUAAUCUAGAAUACAUUACACGACACACCACCCUGUAAUCAAACAUACACUACAACACACACUGUAGUAAUAAUAGAGUAAUAUAGAAUACAGUGCAUCACACUCCGGCCUGUAAUCCAAAAUGCACUAUGAUGACCACGUAAUCUGGAUUACACCACACAGCUGCAAGCACUGUACUUUUCACACUAACAUACACACUUGCCCCUUACACAUAGAUUAUUCCGUCAUGUGCAUUUAAUCUAGAACACACAUUAGUAACAGUACGGUAUAAAGUCAAUUACAUUCAUCAGAUUGCACUCAGUGGUCAGCUCUACGGUCAUCCAGAAUAGUGUGUUAGUACGCUAUUUCACAUUCCAUACUGAGGACACUCACAUUCACACUGUGCAGUAGGCUUCUAAGACACUCACAAAUGACUGGUGUACACACUCACAUUCACAUUGUAUGUCACAUUCACACUGUCGUCAUGUAGACCAGUAGGCCUAAUGGGUAACCUGGAUUCAUUCAUUUACAAUCCAGCGCCACAUAUUCCAAAUGACCUGGAUUUAUCUGUCACUUCAACCAGGUGAAUUGGAGAAGUAAAACUAGGCCAUAUAGAAAUGACGUGCUGCUGGAUUGUCACUCUCACACUGUUGGUGUGUCAUAGGUGUGUUCUGGAUUAGGGAGGAGCUGAGGUGGGCUGGAUUCGAUUGGGUUAGAUUUUAUUGGCUGCUGUGUUUGUCAUUCGUAGUCUGGAUUUGAUUUGAUUGGUUGUUGUGUUCACAUCACUCCUGUCAUUAUCUGUGGUAUCACCUCUACCUGUGUAUCGUUCCCAUGUAUGACUCAAAUAAAUGAAAAUACAUUCCUG